AUGCAUCACCCAGAUAAAAACGGGAAUGACGGUUCAGAGAAGACAUUCAGGGAGAUAGUUGAAGCAUACACACUGCUCUCCAACAAGGAAAUGAGGAGACUCUAUGACACUCUGGGCCAUGACACCUUCAUGAAGAACAAGGCCUUUUUGGACUCCUCGAAUAAAGAUGAGAAGAAACUCGACUUCAGUUUUUUAGACAUGCAUGAUAUUUUUGGUGAUGAGAUGAACUUCCACUGGCACUUCUCUCAUGAUGGGCAAGAUAAGGAGUGUAAUUUACAUUUGGUUUUACAGGAAGAAGUGAAAGAAGAGGCGCCUUGUCUGAGCGUUCAUGGUCAUAGCGUCAAGGUUACAGAGGUGCUGCAGGACGGGGAUGGACUUACCUUUUUAAUAGUCUCACAAAAACUGUCUGGCACAGGGGAGUACCAUGUUGACCGGACAUAUGAAGACUUUGAAUGGCUGCAGCAGCAUUUAUUCAAUCAAGAGGACGUACCUGGGAUACAGGGAGUCAUAUUUCCUCCUCUUCCUGCUAAAGCUCAGACGAACACACCAGCAAAGGCCAUCAAACAGCUUGGCUUCCUUGCUUUGGGAGAGCUGCGGCCAUACUGUACAGCAUUGGAGAACUUCCUCCACCAGGUGGCAGCACACAACCUACUCAGAAAAAACAAUGCUCUGGAAAUCUUCCUCACCAGCUCUGAUCCGCCAGGUCGACAGAGAGCCCGGAAAAACAUUUUUAAUCGUUUGAGUCAAGCGGUGGAAGAGAUGAGAAAAGAAGGCCACAAGGAUAUUGAUGAGUUCUUUCAGACCAAACGGGACGUCAGUCUCGCUUUAACCACCAGCACCAAAACCGCAGUGGAUAAAUUCCUUGAUGUGGUGCUAGCCGAGCAAAAAAUAGCUGUGGCCUGUGGGCACUUUGCAACUGCCCUGCAUCUGUGUGUAGAAUCGGGGGAUGAUCCAGACAAAGCAGCUUUUUCGAAGAUUUGUAUAAAACUAUCAGACAUCUUUGAGUCAAUGAAGAAGGGUAUGGCAAGUGUUGCCGAUAAUGAUUUGAGCACUCUCGGACUUGGCCUGGAUCUCAAGUUACGCUAUCAGGAAGCAGAAAAAGAAAUGCUUUUCAGAAGGACCUGCAAACUAGUGGAGUUGGAAACUGCCAGAAAGAACGCAGAGAAGGCCAAGCCAGUAAAGAAGGCUGCUUUGGAGGAGGUGAAGAAAGCAGCAGAGACAGAGUUUAAUCACAUUUGUGAAGUUGCAAAGCAGGAGAUCGAGCACUUCGAGAGUGCGCGUGUUCAGAUGUUUCGGCAGGCUCUGGUGAAGUGGUGUGAAAAGCAACUUAACACAGCCCAGGAAAUUGCUGAGCAGUACGAGCAGCACCUCCAGACCUUCAGAGGGAUGUAG